AAAAGUUGAUGAAAAGUUAGCAUGGCCGAAAAAUCAUGUUUCGAAAGAGCAAAAAAAAUAUAGAAUUAAAAAAAUUGGCAAAAUCUGAUACAAAAAAUGUAUGUGGUGAUGAUAAAAAUUUAUCCUGGAAAAGGCAACAAGUGCAGUCUGAUGCCAAAAUGGAAAAUGAAGAUUCAGAAAAACAACAGAAAGAACCAGGCAAAAAAACAGAUGCCAAAGUCGACAAGAAAGAAAUAUACAUACGGAGACUAGAACCAGUCGACCUGUUCCAAUUUACACCAAGCUCGUAUACAAUACAAGUACCACGACACCAGCCCUUGGUUAAAAUGAAAACCAACCCAAACAAAGAUGAUAACAUCGACAAGUUAGAAACACACCCACAACAACCAAAACCAGUCGAACUGCCCGAAUUGACACCAAGAACGAAUUUACUACAAGAAUCACUACAGCAGACCUUGGCUAAAAUAAAAACCAACCCGAGCAAAGAUGCCAACGUCGACAAGGAAGAAACACACCUACAGAGACUAGAACCAGUCGAGCUGCCCCAAUUGACACCAAGAACGAAUUUACUACAAGAAUCACUACAGCAGACCUUGGCUAAAAUAAAAACCAACCCGAGCAAAGAUGCCAACGUCGACAAGGAAGAAACACACCUACAGAGACUAGAACCAGUCGAGCUGCCCCAAUUGACACCAAGAACGAAUUUACUACAAGAAUCACUACAGCAGACCUUGGCUAAAAUAAAAACCAACCCGAGCAAAGAUGCCAACGUCGACAAGAUAGAAAUACACCCCCAAAAAACCAAACCAGUCGUAGUAUCAUUACGACCAGAACCACCGGUUAGAUCACGAUCACAAAUCACUUUUUCAACAAAAUCUUUUAAACCAACAAGUAAACUUCAACUCCAUGCCUUCGUCAACACAAAAACCAUCAACAACCUCAGAUUUUUGGUAGCAGCUCACGAAGGCGAUUUAUCCCAAGUAUCAGAUCUGAUCAAAAAAGUUGACAUCAAUGUCACAGAUUCUGAAGGCAAUACUGCUCUGCAUUAUGCAAUCCAAAACAACAAAGUGGACGUUGUCGAGUUGCUGCUAAAUAAAAAUGCUGAUCUGUACAUCGAAAACGCCAAAGGACAACUUGCUGUCGAUGUAGAAGAUCAAUUGCUGGACGAAAAGAUUACUACGAUGGUUCAAGAACAUUUGAUGACCAAAGCUUUCGAAAUCUUAGAACAAAGUGUAAUAUCCAAUGAUGCACAAAGUUUUGUGAAGCAACUUUUAGCAAGAAUUUUGAUCAAGCUUUAA